CGCGACGCGGGACGCCAAACAUAAGCCAAGCUCCUUCUAUUACGCGCGAACAUGUGUGUAUGUGUGUGUGUGUGUGUGUGUCCGGGGUUGGGAAAAGUUGGGAGAUGAAGCGGCCAGAGUGCCAGAAUGCAUUAAUAGCAAUUGUAAAGUGAGGAUAGCAAGCAAACUGUAUAAAGGAGACAUAAAGAAACCAAAACCACACCGAUCUCCUCACAUCUCUAUCCAUGUGGACACGGGAGGUGGUGUGGGUAGACAUGUAAGCACUAGCAGCACUAGUUGUAUUGUAGAUUGUAGAAGGAAACUAAAUUAGUAGCAAAGUUCAUGCAUAGAAGAGGCGAUGGUUUGUCAGGCAGCGUAAAACACAUCAUAUGGAGAUCGCUAAAGGGAGGGGGAAGAGAGAGCGAAAGAGAAAGAGAGAGCUGAGAAAAGGGUUUGAAAGGGUAAGCAAAUGUGCGCAUCUAAGCAAAUGAGCGAUCGCGCGAGCGCAUGUGGUAUAGUAUUUUUGUUAACUCUUUUUUAGCAAUUUAUACAUGUACAUUUUCGUGUAAGUGCGCAGCGGUAGAAGAAGGUAUGCAGCAAGCAAGCAAGACAAAACACCAUGUGCAAGUCUUCGAUCAUACUAAUAAUGAUAACGAUGAUAAUGAUAAUGAUGAUGAUGGUAAUGAUAAUGAUUAUGAUUAUGAUUAUGAUGAUGACUAUGAUGAUGAUGAUGUGUCAAUACGUUUCUAGCAAUAGGGUAGCAAUAGCUGACGUUCCUUGCACUCCAUAUGGUGUACGGAAGCAGAACAGAAAGAACAGAAUAAAACCCCGUAAAAUCCAUCAAUCCCCAAUCCUUCAUUAAUCGAGACGAACGCACAUAGACACCGAGAAGUUACAAGUAACUCGAGAUACAGAUAGUAGUGAGGGAUAUGUUAUCGGGCGCAGCGUCGAGCUCGAAGUGUAGUGCCAUUUGUAUGAUACACACUUCCCCUUGACUUGGAUGAACGUACGUGGUUCCUUUCAGUUUAACGGUUAAACGGAACGGCUUGCAGAACGGUGAAAAUAUCAAAAUAUAACCGGGAAAUCGACUAACACUAACAGCAAGUAAAACGGAAGCAUUGACAAUGGAACAAUGCGCGGACAUCAUGUGGACAUGAAAGAGAGCGAGGAAGAACGCUGACGUAAGAUAAGUGGUGGAGAGAAGAAAAAGCGAUAAAGCAAAUUGACACUUUGUAUAGUAAAUGGAAACAAAAGUCGAUAAACUCAUAAACGUUAUUUUAAGAAACUUAAAUUUAAAAAGACAAAAACUAAACAAAACGAACAAACAUCCAAAACAGUGCGCCUAGAGCUGUAUAUGUGUAAGCCCAGAGGCAGCAGCUGGCACAUAAGUGAAGGAGAGAAAGGGGUGGAAGGAGCAGUCUCAGUCGCGAAUAUCUGUAAAACACACAAAACCACACAUCAAAGGUAAAUAGAGAAAGUUAAAUAGAUAAGACAGUGCAUAAGAAAAAGAAAAACAAAAAAGGAAUGAAAAAUAAGAAAAAAAAAACAAUAAAAGACACACCAAAAACCAGCAACACACCCUCAUACAACAAAACACUCAA